AUGGGGGAACAAAAAUCUGAACCAGGACCCUCAGAAACCAAAAGAAAUAGAGAAGUAAGUCAAGCGUUCUUUAAACCACCUCCUGCCUUAGAUAAUAAACAUUUUAAGAUGGGAAGAACCUUAUCUGAAUACGAAAACUUUGUUGACGUCUUGGCCAAAAGGUUAUCAGGGUUAAAUUUGUCAGAUAAAAGAAAGGGUCAUCAAGUGUCAGUUCUCACUGAAGGAGAAAUAGAUAACUUGGAAACAAUGUUUAAGCAAGAGCAACCUGAAAUUAAUAGGUUAAUGACUAAAAAGAGAUUUACGCAAACUGCUAAGACUAAAAACUACUACCCUAGACCCACACCAGUUGAUUUACAGUUUGAGGAAGAUGGAAUGUGGAAUUCCGCUCAAUAUGACGGAAGUUCCAUAGUGGAGUGGAAUAUUGAUGGUCUGACAAAAUACCAUAUCAUUAAUACAAUGAAACAUAUGAUGAUGUACGCUAUAGCCUCUAAGAUAAAAGGAAAUGGAGAUAGGAGGGUGGCUGAAACCAUUAUUGUCGGCUUUGUCGAUCAAUUGAAAGGAUGGUGGGAUUUCCACCUAAGCGACUCGACUAGGACCCAAAUCUUAAACGUUCAAGUGGCCAUUGGCCAGCAGAGUGUACAGGAUCCAACAACUGGAGUCAUUAAAAGUGAAAACGUUUACCAGGAAGAUGCGGUAAAUUCACUGAUUUACACCAUCACUCUACAUUUUGUAGGAACUAUAGAAUUGCAGCAUGAUAGGUCUAGAGAACUCCUAAUGAAUCUUAAAUGUCCAACCCUGUCCCAUUUUAGAUGGUAUAAGGAUGUAUUUUACUCUAAGGUGUUUACAAGACAAGACUAUAAUGUUGAUUUUUGGAAAGAGAAAUUUCUUUCUGGAUUACCAAUUCUAUUCGCUGAAAAGGUUAGGAAUAGAAUUAAAGAUAAAAAUGGUGGUGUCAUUCCUUAUGGGUCAUAUACCUAUGGGGAAUUAUCCUCUUAG